CUUCCAGCACAGCCAGAAAGUGAGUUGGGUCGGAGGAAAAGGCAGGGCGAGGGAAACCGGGAAGUUUGAAGCCCGACGUGACAUGGGAGUAGGAAGGGGAGAGCCGCGACCGGAGGAAGAGCUGUUUUGUUGCAUUUGCAACAAUGGGGAUGGAGAAGGGAGCAGGCCAAGUGCUGGGAGCAGGGAUGGGGCAGAGGGGAUCUGGCACAGAGGGCUCCUCUCUGCACCAGGCCUGUGCCAAGAAACCACAGGAUUGCCUCACUGCAGAUCAGGCUUUUAAAAAGUGUCUGCUUUAACGUGCUGGAUUUGAAAAGGGUUUUGAGUGCUUGGCACACAGUUCCCUUGUAACUUCCCAACUGCAAUGAACCUGAAUGGGGCAUUUGAGUUUUUGGGGCUUUUCAGCCCUUGUGGUUUUGAAUCGGGCUUUACAUUUUGAUGGCUUGUAAAACAAGGGAAAAAAAUUCCCCACAACAGCUAAACAAUUUUCAGAAGCAAAAGAAGUUAAGAGCUGGCAUUGCCGGAGCAAUAGCAGCAUAGGACUAAGGGCUUCAUACGCUACAUUUGAGGAAAUGAGAUACCAAGUUUCCACUUCUUAAAAUAAGCUAAUAGUGCAUGGUUGCACCUGGAAGAAUUAAACUCCCUUGCUCCUCCAUCCUGAGCCUUUUCUGAACUGCUGUAGACAUGGAUUCUUCCAAGAUGGUCUGCAAGGCUGUCCUCUGGCGAGGCAGUAAGAGGCAGUGGAGCUGGCCUCGGCACCGGGAGAGGCUGGACUUCCCGUCUCUCUGUGCUGAAUGGCUGCGAUGGCGCCCGCUCUCACUGACGCAGCAGCUGAAGCUCACCAUAUCCGGUUCAAGCUGGCUCCCCCGUCCUCCACCUUGUCUCCUGGCAGUGCCGAGAACAACGGCAACGCCAAUAACAUCCUCCUUACUGCCAACGGCACCAAACGGAAAGCUAUUGCAGCAGAAGAUUCCAGCUUAGAUUUCCGAAACAAUCCUACCAAGGAAGAGCUGGGCAAGCUGCAGCCUCUAGUGGCCUCUUAUCUCUGUUCGGAUGUAACAUCUGUUUCUUCAAAAGAGCCUUUGAAGCUGCAAGGAGUCUUCAACAAGCAGACAGUCCUUAAAUCUCACCCUCUCUUAUCUCAGUCCUUCUUGAAAACAAGUGAUCUGUUAGAGUUUUCUUUAGAAAAUCUAAAAACAAUGAGUACUAGUGGUCAGCCUCCUCUGCCGCAAGCGCCUGUUAAUGGCUUAGCCAAGAAAUUGACAAAAAGUACCAAUUCAGACCAUGAAAACUCCAGUUCACUUAAUGGUGGGAAGCGUGCUCCCCUCUCUGCCACCCUCCAAGGUGUUGACUCUAACGCCGCUGGGGGAUCUGAAUCAGGGGACUUAAAGGUGGGUUUGACCAAUUGCACUCUUCCACACAGAAGCCUUGAUGCAGAGCACACAACUCCAUUUAGCAAUAACAGCACUGCAAACAAAUCUUCCCUUAAUUCCACAGAACAGCAGCGGGUGCUUGAAGGAGGCAGUGGAGAAGCCAAGUUGGUAUCUGGUGAGGAUGCUCCAUCUGAUUUUGUCAGCAGCAAAUCAGAGGAACAGAAACCUCCUCUGUCAGCUGCUCAAUUCAGUACCCUGGACUCUGAUAUGAGGACCAGGGCACUGCUACGGCGGCAGGCAGAUAUUGAAAACCGUGCCCGCAGGCUGCAGAAACGCCUGCAGGUGGUGCAGGCCAAACAGGUAGAGAGACACAUCCAGCAACAGCUGGGUGGCUUCUUGGAGAAGACCCUGAGCAAACUGCCAAAUUUGGACUCCUUGAGGCAUCGUAGCCAGCUGAUGCUGACCCGCAAGGCAGAAGCAGCCUUGAGGAAAGCUGCAAGUGAGACGACUACUUCGGAAGGACUAAGCAGCUUCCUAAAGAGUGACUCUAUUACAGAAGAACUGGAGAGAUUUACAGCCAGUGGGAUGGCCUAUUUGAGAUCCAGUGAGCAAGCAUUUGAUUCAGAUGUUACUGACAGCAGCUCAGGAGGGGAGUCUGACAUUGAGGAGGAGGAACUGACCAAAGCAGAUGUAGAUCAACACCAUGUACCAUUACCGGAAAGGUGUAGACUGAAAAAUUUGCAACCCUUCAAUAAUAGCAAGUCUUAUAAAUUAACAACGACACUUUAUUGUAUGAUGCUAGCUGCAAUUGUUAACUGUAUCCAAAGCCACUUCAAAGUAAGGAGGCGACGGUCAGAAUGGAGGUGGGCAGCAGAUCGGGCGGCUAUAGUCAGUCGCUGGAACUGGCUUCAGGCUCAUGUCUCGGACCUGGAGUACCGAAUUCGACAGCAAACAGAUAUUUACAAGCAGAUUAGAGCCAAUAAGGGGUUGAUAGCCCUUGGUGAAGCAUCACCUCCAGAUCCUGCAGCAGAUGAUGCAUCCCAUUCCCUUAGUGCCGAAGUUAAACUGGAGCCUGGGAUAGACAGACUGGGUGCUUCUGCUCCCCAGCCGCUAGAGAACCUUGGUACAUCUGCAGCAAACACUUCAGAAUCCCUUCCUUCCAAACCCUGUGGAGCACUGAGACCUGUCAAUGGUGUCAUUAACACUCUUCAGCCUGGCUUGGCAGAACAUGCUCAGGGAGACGGCCCAGAUGCUGAGGAGCUGUUACAUAAAAAGCAGCGACUGAACAUGGUCUCUUCUCCUCCUUCCGAUGCAACCUGUGUUGCAGCUCGCACCCGCCCAGCACUAAGCUACAAGAAGAGACGGCUUGUUCGACCUAGCAACAUUGUGCCCCUAUCCAAAAAGGUCCUUCGUAACAGCAUGGCACGAUGUAGCUGUGACGUGAAUCCCUUGUGCGCCCUCUGUGGCACCCGAAGCUCCGUGUCUCUGGAAAUCCAGUAUGAUGCCCCUUUGCUGGAGCGCCUCUCCCAGCUGGACUCCUGUAUUCACCCUGUUCUGUCAUUCCCAGAUGAUGUGCCGACAAGCCUGCACUUCCAGAGUAUGCUGAAAUCCCAGUGGCAGAAUAAGCCCUAUGAGAAGAUUAAACCUCCCAAAAAGCUGUCACUGAAGCAUAGAGCCCCCAUGCCAACCAGCAGUUUGUCUGACCCAGCUCGUAAGGACCGCCACAAGCUGGUCAAUUCCUUCUUCACUACAGCCAAGCGCUCACAUCACAAAAUCCUACCAGACAAGGCAUACAGGCAACCCUUAGACGAUUUAAUGGCCAUGUCCAAGGCCGAGAGAGCGCCAGAGCGCUCACUUAUCCAGCCUCCUGCACAUGACACAAACCGAUUGUGGGACUACUCAUCUGAGAGAAGCGAAGUGUUGAAGCAUCACACGGAUGUUGGAGGCCCAAGCUACUUAUCAGCGGCUACAACCCCAACGCCUCACAGCCCCAUUGUGCGGCAGUUGUCCACCUCCUCUGAAAGUUCUGCUCCUGCCAGCGCAAGUUCACAAGGCACCUCUCAGCCAAGGAGGAGGAGAGGUGAAAGCUCAUUUGAUAUUAAUAACAUUGUCAUCCCAAUGUCUGUUGCUGCAACAACUCGUGUGGAGAAACUGCAGUACAAAGAGAUCCUCACACCAAGCUGGCGUGAAGUGGAUAUCAGUGCUCUAAAAGUGAACUCGGAUGAAGACAAUGAGGAGAUCGAGGACCUGUCUGACUCGGCCUUUGCUGCUCUGCAUGCCAAGUGUGAAGAGAUGGAGCGGGCAAGGUGGCUGUGGAGCACCAGCAUGCCCCCUCAGCGACGAGGCAGCAGGUCUUACAGAUCUACAGAUGGACGGACAACCCCUCAGCUGGGUAAUCCCUCUACUCCCCAGCCAGCAUCCCCUGAUGUGGGCAGCUGCCACUCCCACUCGGAGUUUUCCCACACACACUCUCCGCGCAGUCCCAUCAGCCCUGAGCUUCUGUCUGCCCCCCUGACCCCACUGUCCCGAGACUCCAUGCGGCUCUUGUCCAGCGAGGACACCCGUUGCUCCACACCCGAGGCUGGCUUUGAUGAGCUGGCUGUACAACCCUGGGAGCGACGCACCUUCCCGCUCUCCUACAACCCCAAGACAGAGUGCGAGGACCAAUCCGAUCCCCAGGACCGGUCGUCGCGUUGCACCCGGCGCACGUCAGGCAGCAAGUCGUCCCGGGAGAUGGACAGCACUCCCCCCUUGUCCACCUUCGCCAGCCUCAAGAGUCGGAACCCAGUCGCAGCCCCGGCAGCAGCAGCGGUGGCAGCAGCAGCAGUUCAGCGACCAGCGCAUAGAUAGAGACAGACGGGAAGGAAUAAGCAAAACCCACACACGCAACUAACUCUUGGCAUUAAAGCUUCCGAAAUCUGCGUUUGAUAUUCAAACAUCCUGCUGGGAAUUUUCACAGUUUUUAGUGAAUUUAAGGAGUUUAGAAACUGUUUUGUUUUUUUGUUUUUGUUUCUUUUUUUCCAUGUUUCCUUGUCACACAGAUGAGCCCCAGGUUCCUCCCAGCCAAGGGAAGCCUUGGGAGGGGAGCAGCCCGCCAGACACCCUUUCUGCCCCACCCCCACUUAGGUGUAUAAUUCUAGAGCACAGGAUGUAGCUGACUAGCAGAUUAUGGGGAUUGAUUUCUCAAGCAAAAGGGUGUUUUUCCUUCUACCCUCUGCCCGCUACCCCCUCCCUGAAAGGUUUAGUGGAGUGAAAUUAGUGGUGAAAAGUGAUGUCUUUGGAAUGCAGCCUCCUUCACUAGCUGUCUCCUUAUGUGCAGAGCAGAGAUCUGACAGCCCCUGAGCCCCCACCCUCCCACAUCACCUCCUGGUUGUUUUUGUUCCCCCGGGUUGUAAUUCCAGGUAUUCAUAGGAGUGAUUCUGACCCCACUAAGGCUGCCUGUUGCAUUAGUGUACUGAUUUUCAGCUCUUCCUUUCCCCCAUCCUUGCUUUCAGAACUUCUGUUCCUUUUGUAGAGAACAAGCGUCCCUGUCAGCUGGGGAAAGGAAGGUCCUUCUCAGCCGCUUCACGCACAGCUCCUUGUGGGGGAGUGGGAUUUUGGAAGCAGUCCUGUUCCAUUUACAUCAUGUCUUUUCCCUGUUCACAACCCAGGGUAAUGAGUCCAGCCCGGUGCAUUCUUGUGCUGCAGUGGGAGCAGACCUUACACAAUGCACUUAAGGACUCAUGUUGGGAUCUGACUUUCUGCUGGCACUAGUAAGAGUUUCAGCUGGGUAAUGCAGAUCUUUUACCACUUCUCUUUUCCUUUAUGUCCCUGUCUCCACCUCCUUUCCCUCCACCCCACCCAUACACCUUGAAAGUUUCAGGCCAUAUUAACUGCCACCACUUCUGUUAACUAUUAGUACUGCUCAGAAACCAUCCUGAGUUGCAGUGGUCAGGAAGAUGGGUCCUGUUGCCAUGCCUGGGCCUUGCCCUGGGAAUACUAUAGGGUUGCAGUGCAUAGGCCGCUUAGUUCUGUUUCCUUGCCGCUGGGUUGGCCUCUUCAAAGAAGCCCAGAAGAUUAAGGCGGCAGCAGCAUUGUGUCCUGCUCAUCUGCCAGCUCUGUCCUUGUACAGGUGCUCAGUGCUUGCUUAGGAAAGAAAUAGGACUUAUUUUUCACCACUGCUCAAUUCCACUUCCACACAUUUUGAAAACAGAUGUUUAGUCAGUUUCAUUUUGGAGGGCUCUUGUCUCUCAGCAGCCACCAGGCUUGACAAGUGUCUUCUUUUCAAGUAAUACCACCACCACUGCCCCCACCUCUUUGCUGCCCCCGGUGACUCCUGGAUCCCACACACCGUUUCCAUCUGUAACGUUUUUCUGAUCCUGACGGUGUGGCUAUGGUUCCUGUCCUGUUGUUAGCAUUGUGCCUGUCUUACGUAUAAUCACAUCACCAAAAAAGGAAAAAAAAAUACAAAGGACAUAAUUUUUUUUUCCAUUUUGUAAUCGUAAAGAAAUAGUAGCUAAACUGCUUAAUGGUUGGGGUUUUCACAAUUUUCAACAUUAUCUAGUGUUUUUUGGUUCUGUUCUAGUUUAAAGGAUUUGUCAUCGUUUCUUUAAAAAAAAAAAAAAAAAACAAUGCUACCAUAUCCCUCUGCAUAAGUGCUUUUCUAUUUAUAAGGUUGAAAAUUCUGAAUAACCCUUUUAGCAUUAUAAAAAAAAAACCACAAAAAACACCUUGUAUUUUGUAAAUAUUUUCUUUUCCUGCUUUGAGCUGUGUAAUGUCCUUGUUAUAUAGAAAUGCUUUUCUUCCGAGAAGCUGAUCUUUGUUAAUGUCUUGAUUCUGUUGGCAAAGCACAAAUGUGCUUAUAAAAAAAAGAGAAAAGAUUAAAAAAAUAUAAAAAAGUUAGAACAUUCUCUGCAA